ACGAUAUAUUAACGUGGCGAUAUCCCUGCAAGGUGGUGUUGUUUGAAUGGAAAGUAUCUCUGAGAAGUGGGGAGAGAAAGAGGGGAAGAAUGUUUUGUUGGCGUACGGAGUAGAAAGUGGAAGGAAGGAAGUCGAUCUGUACCAAGCGGGGGAGGGGAGCUUCUUCUUGUCUUAUCGUCUCCCCUCUCUCUCAGUCACGCUCUGAUGAAAACAACAUCCACAUCAUUUCUCCCUCUAUCUACAGCCAUACUAUCUCCUUUAAGUUGCAAGCAAGAUGACUUUCAACAUUGCUGAGGCUCGAUCUCGCUUUCCAGCUCUGAAUCAGGAACAGGUAUUUCUCGACAACGCGGGAGGCAGCCAAGCCUUGGAUACAGUCAUUGAAUCGAUCACGAACUACCUCAAAACCACCAACGUUCAAUUGGGUGCCACCUACAAGGUCGCCAAAGCGUCAACCGCCGCCUACGGUCUCGGCUACGAAGCCGCAGCCAAGUUCAUCAACGCAAAGCCCGAGGAGAUCUGCCUGGGCGUAUCGACCACGCAGCUCCUCCACAACUUGUCGACCGCCCUCGACUUCCAGCCCGGAGACGAGCUGAUCGUGUCGAAAUUGAACCACGAGGCCAAUUCCGCCGCCUGGGACAGAAUCGCAAAGCGACUGGGACUCACUGUCAAGUGGUGGUCGGCUUCCGACCGUCAGAACCCCAUUUGCGACCCCGAUGAGCUGAAGUCGUUGUUGUCCGAGAAGACGAGGCUCGUGGCUUUUCCGCACGCCUCGAACAUCACGGGCACCAUUAGCGAUGUCAAGAAGAUUUCUGAAAUAGUGCAUCAGUAUCCUCGCGCUCUGGUAUGCGUCGACGGCGUCGCUCUUGCUCCUCACCGCCAAGUGGAUGUCAAGGACCUUGACGUCGAUAUCUACGCCUUCUCGUGGUACAAAGUCUACGGCCCCCACAUCGCCCAACUGUACGCCGCCUCGCGGAUUCACGACCAGAUCAGCCCGCUGUGCCACUACUUCAAGAGCACCGAAACCCUCGACCUGAAGCUCAACCUGGCGUCCGCCAGCUACGAAAUGACACAGAGCAUCCCCCGCGUGCUGGAGUACCUUGGCUCGGAUGUCUCGGCUGCAUGGGACCAGAUCGCUACGUUCGAGGAAAAGCUGCAGAAGAUUCUUCUGGACUAUCUGAACGAAGAGGAGCGCAUCACAAUCUACGGGGAACCCUCCGCAAGCAAGGAGCUUCGGGUCCCCGUGAUCAGCUUUGUGGUCAGGGGAAUUAAGAGCCAGGCGUUCGUGGAGGAGGUCGAGAAGCGAUCGCCCUUUGGUUUCCGAAGUGGACAUAUGUAUAGCCACCGACUGGUUAAGGAUAUUAUCGGGCUGGAGGAUAUUGAGGAUGGCGUUGUGCGGAUUAGUAUGCUGCACUAUAACACUGAGGAGGAACUCACGUCCCUUGUGAAGGUGUUGCGGGAUGUUGUUGCCGCGAUAUAGGCUGCGAUAUAGAUUAUUAUACUAUAUACAGU